UGCCAGGCGAGCGUUAUAAGAAGCCGCAAUCGCACAACUGUGCAACCUGCGAACGGAGAAAAAAGCAGAGAUCAUAGUCGAUCGAAAGAGGAAUAGUAAACUGCAGUAGCUAUGGCACAAAUGGACAUUAUAGACAUGAACGAGGCGCUGAUGACGGCACAGGGGCUGCGCGGAAGCACGCUGAACCGCUACUCGGACGGCGAGGCCGACGUCAGCAGUCUGCCGCGAUUUACGCGGAGAAAACUGGAGCAGAACAUGACGAUGAGCGACGCCGAGCGAACCAUCUUCAACAAACUGGGAGAAACUUCGUCUCCGAAAAACAAGCCAACCUACACCCAGCUGGGACUGCGAGGCAGGGCAGACAAGAAGGGAGUCAUGUGGAAAACGGGGCCUUGUCCCUCCUGGUACACCCCCUGGAGAAAGAGGUGUUUCGUCCUCAAGGGAAACUUCCUCUACUACUUUGACGGCGACGUUCACGACGAUCCACCGGUCCUGGGAGCCAUCUUUAUGAAAAACGCCAUCAUCGAGAAGAGUUCGCUCCAGUUUGCAACGUACGUCCUGAGCGUGUCUCCCAUCGUGAAGAGGAGGGUAAACUGGGAGGGAGACGAAGAGAGCUCCAUUUUCUACCUCAAGUUCAAAUCAGAGGAGGACAGAAUAGAAGUGAGUGUAUGUCUGGCUAAACUACGUAUACGUCGGGAUUACAUCACAUUUUGAUCAUGCAUGAACAUAGGCGUAUGUUCUUUAGCUCCCUGUAUAUACAUCUGCCAUCUUAUGAGCUUUUGUAUCAAUGUAUAGCAGCCUAGGGCCUGUAUACGAGUCACUCUACUCCAUCCCAGUAACAUAAAAGUUCCCCCCACAAUACACAACAGUACAGUAACAUAGUAGUGUAGUGAAAGUUUAGGGCGCUAUAACAAUUUCCCAGUACUAAUGUUGACCUAUCACCUUUUCCUUGUUUCUUCCGCAGUGGUUUGAUGUCUUGCACAAAGUCUCAUUUGGAGAUGCAUAAACAACUCUUUUCAUUCAUCACCUCGUCACAAAAAUAUCACUUGUUUUUUAAAUUUAUGUUUGUGCUGUCUGUCAUGUUGUCUCCCAGUUUGUGUGAAGAUUUUAAUAUCACUAUAAUUAUAUCAUUGCACCAUAGUAUAAUCUUGCUAAGUAUUAUAAAAAGAAUUGUUCACCAAUCUUCAUCUUAUGCGAUUGUGUGGUGGGUUAAAAAUAAUGCAUGCAUGCAUGCACAACAGAAAAUGAGCAUAAUGUGUGAAUGAGUAAUUAUGAGGGAA